UGGCGGCUAUUCGACAAGACAAACCCACACGCUCAGCACGAAUUUCCACGACAUUCACUUACAACAGAGUCAAGGAGAUUACAAGCCUUAACCUGCCCGCUCUCCAUCGAACCCACUCUGCCGGCGACAUGUCUGUGGCCAGCGUGACGCCCAGCUGCACCAACUCUGAAAAAGAACAACGCGAACAUAUCAGAGCGGACGAGCCUUGCUUCAUAACAAGAAAACCUGGAUACGCUCUCCAGAAAGCUCAUUGGAUCAAUGCUGUGAGGGAAAAUCCGCCUGAGAAGGUGGCAGUAGAACGUUUCCUCAACGGUUUGAGCGUUGUUCGUAGAGAUUUCAGCUUGAACUCUGCUAGUAACCUCACGCCUCGGGAUCCGACUUUGUACUAUACUAUGGAUAAACUUGGAUUCUUCGCUGUCACUUGCUCAAAGGUCACACUCAAUUCCAUGAUAGAGGUGGUCGACGCAGAAAAUAAGAAGUUGGUCGAUCAGUAUCCCAGCGCAUACACCCGAUUUUUCGACGUUGAGAAAGAGCCAUUCUCGAAUGCGGAAUACGAGAUGGUGGUCCUACACCCGGACCACUUUCUUCCCAUCGGCAGCGCCCUAGCUAUGCACACUCAGGAUCCUAACAAUCCUGCCCGCUUGGUCGGAAAGUUGUAUAUGGCGAGUGCGGAUGGGGCUUUGCGCGAGACAUCGAACAACGACUCUCCACGGUUUCCUGCCUUUCGUCCCACCUGCCGCCUUGCACAGAAGCACUGCCUCAAUCCGUUCCUCGUUGUUCUCAACGCCGCCAUGGCGUUCCGGCGAUACAUGAGGUCCGCCUUCCAGCCUCUAUGCGUGGACUAUCAAGAACUUGUCAACUUGACCCUCGCCCUCGCGGACAAGAUAUACUACAAGCCUGUUGUCCAAGUUGCUCUGGGAGCAUCUGAAGGAGCAUUCGUGCUUGCCGCUUCGAAAGCUGCGAGAAACAAUGAAGACCAAGAUGUGGUGAUGGAAAACGUGGACGAAUUAGGUUCCUUGACUCGGCGCGGCGAGGAUAAGACCCUCACUCCAAAAGGACGAGGUAGAGGCAGGCGGGAUGUGGCUAUGAGGUCCUCCAGGUUUGGCGCUGAAGUCGAAAAGCCUCCCCCGGAUGCUUCCCGCGAGGAAAUUGUGGACUACUGUCACUAUCUUAUUUCUGGUCGAGGUGAGCCGCUCGAUCGGAAAGAUGAAGCGAUUCUGGCUUCGAUUGGCUUAUAUCCCACUGGCAGGGACGACGAUGACGAUGACGAAUAUUCCGACAGCGAGGAGGAUGAAGAGGAGGAUGGGCUGGGCAAAGAGUACACCGACGCUGCUCCAGAUACUACAGGGACGGUUGCCGAAAAUGUUUUACAAUGGCAGAGUGCUGGUGUUAAGGCCUGAA